AUGGCUACUAACAACUCCCCGGACGCUUUCCACCAGCAGAGGUUGGUGCAAGCACAAAAUAAAGCUAAUAACCCGUUUUUGCAGCAGUUGGAGCAAAAAUGCCACAAUGACAGUGUUGCUGAAUACCACAUUGACGUCUUGGAGCACUUGUUCACCGCAGAGAUCCAGACGUUGCCUACGUUGGGGUUGAUUGAGCAGCAGCCAGAGAUCAAGUUGAGCAUGAGACCGUUGUUGCUUGAUUUUUUGUUCGAAGUUGGCAACAUUCUCAACUUGUCGAGAUCCACGUUCCCACUUGCAGUUAGCUUGAUUGACCGUUACUGCUCAACACGAAUCGUCAAGAAGCAACACUACCAGUUGUUGGGGUUGACGUCGUUGUGGAUCAGCUGCAAGAACUUGGACUCCAAGUUUAAAAUACCCACCUUGAGCGACUUGAGAAAGAUCUGUGUUGAUAGCUACACCAAGGAGUUGUUUAUUGAGAUGGAGAAGCACAUCUUGAAGUCGUUGGAGUGGGUGGUCAAUGCGCCCACCUACGACGCGUUUGUCGAUAGCUUUCUCAGCCUCUUGACGUCCGGUAGUGACUCCCAGGCCAUGAUUAUCAAGCACAACAUCCAAAAGAUCAAGGUGACUGCGUAUUACCUUGGCGAGUUGUUCCAGUUUUACCCCAACAUUUACUUUGACUACUCGUCGUCGAGAAUCGCCAUUUUGGCCAUCAUGUCGGCCAUCUCGUUGCUGAAGCUCCCCAUCAACUUGAUGACGAUUUUACAUUUCUACAACAAUGUGCUAGCAGUGUCAACCUCCCCACAGCACUUUCCACGCUUGGUGCUAGUGAUUGAGGAUUUCCAAACAGUGUUUCAGAAUAUCAAGUUCCUCGCUAUCCCCAACAGCUUGCAACAGAAAUAUUUAAUGAACUGCCGCCGCACCAACCCCAACGGCACCAGUGAUGGCAACCGCAACGGCGCACUUGCUGCCAACAGAGCCGUUCCACCAAAGACGCCAAAAGUUUCCAUGCCUUUGACCCCGGGGCCAAGUCCCGAAGAGCGAAUUGAUAGAAAAAGACGGGAAACUUUGGACCAGCCUCUGCUUGGGGGGAACAACGCGCCCGGUCCGAAAAGAAUGAAGAGUAAUGAUACCACCACCUCAGGAGCCCCUCAUAGAAUAUAG